AUGCAUGGACAACGCAAGGCCAACGGCGAGGCAAAAAAGAGACUGCCACCAUACCUGGCCGCUACUAGUCGCAAAGGACGAGUUGUUGCGUGCGUCCGAGAAGUCGGUCACGAUCGGGAGCAGCCCGCCAGUUCGAUGCGCCUCUGCGGCUGCUGCAGCACGACGGUCGCCCUUGGUCCAGGGGACGAAGCAGCUAGACCGCGAACCGGGACGAGGAGAAGCAGAAGCCGUAGCAGGGACAGGCCGCGAGACCAACCCCGAGUCAAAGGGUCCGCGAAAGCAGCUUCACCAGCAAGAUCAGGGUUGGGCGGCUCUAGGGACCGUCGGAUAAGAGAAUCAUCACCGCCACGGAGACGUAGAGGUGCGUCGAGGGACAGAUAUACUAGUCAGAAGGAACGCAGGCCUAGGGACUCCUCAAGAGAUCGAAAACCACGCAGCAGGUCAAGGGAGCGAAGGCCCAAGGACACAGCCACGGAGAAGGAGCUAAACCUAAGGGACGUCUCCAGGGAUCAUCGUCCAAGGCGUAGGUCCAGAUCAAGAGAGCGAUCCAGAGACCGUUCGCGUGACCGUCGGAAGCGUCGUCACUCUCGUUCACGAAGCCCCUACCGCGCGUCGAAGCGCCGUGACCGAUCAGCCUCACCGCGUCGAAGGACUUCACGGUCUCCCUCCCACAAGGACAGGCGUGUCAAAGUGCGAAACCCCUCUCCCCCAACCCGCAGCCGCAAGCCGCUUCCAUCUCAGGAGAUUUCUUUCCGAGGCGGACCAGAUUCUGGCGCAUUAUCAAAAGAAGAGGUGGUUGAGAAGCAGAAGCCCAAUCUAGCCCCUAGUGGUCUACUCGCCCGUGAGGCUAACACAGUAGCUGGCACCAAUAUAUCACUGAAAUACCACGAGCCACCCGAGGCACGGAAACCUCUCUCAUCAGCCCAAUGGCGCAUCUUCGUAUUCAAGGGGGAAGACACAUUGGAUACAAUAGAGCUAUAUACGCGUUCGGUCUGGCUGCUUGGUCGGGCGCCAGAGGUGGCUGACAUUCUCCUAGCCCAUCCUAGCUCUAGCCAGCAACACGCGGCAAUUCAGUUCAGAUACAUCGUGAAGAAGACGGAGGACGAGUAUGGCGUUACUCAGAAGAAGGGAAAGGUGAAGCCGUAUAUCAUCGAUCUGGAAAGUAGCAAUGGAACCGUUCUCAACGGGGAGAAGUUGGAUGCUGGGCGAUAUGUAGAACUCAGGGAUGGCGACCUAUUGAAGUUUGGAGGAUCUGAGAGGGAGUAUGUUAUUAUGCUCCCGCCUCCAGACAAGGGUUGAGCAUUUGCUCGUACAAUUGCAGCACCCCCUCCAGUUCAGACUUCGCGCGAUAUACUCACUAGUAUACCGCUUUAGAGUAGCUCGAUCACGGAUUGGCUCGUGAAGAUCGGCACAAGGUUUUCCAACGAUGCUGGAGGGGAUGAUCGAACUAGGGAUGAUGCAGAGGUGGAAGGGAACCCUGGACAGAGUAUAUAAAAUAAAUUAAGCUGUAAAACACUGUUUCUGUACACAAUUGAAGGCAUUCAGACC